CCAAAGCCCUGGAUGGAAACGUUUCUUUUAAAGUUACAAUUCGCGCACAUCUGACGGGCAUGUGAAGCCCAGGGUCACUGAGCUUUCGCCCCAUUUAAUAACGAAUGGCUCUGGAUAGAAGUGGGUCCCAGAUGUCAGAGACACUCAAAGGGAAUGUAGCCCAUGGGAACUCCCAGGCCUGUCCUACCUCCUGUCUCUUUUCAGGGGACCGAGGUCGGGAACAGGGUCGGGACCGGGACCGGGGUGCCUCGCGCGCGCAGAGGACCAUCCACAGGAAAUGGAAGGGUUUAUUUCAGACCUUCGGAAAGGAGGUGUGCAUCACGGGUCACUCGGUGUACCCCGGUCUCCACACCACCCUCCAGGAGUACAUGUGUUGCCAGUGCUAUGCCAGGUUUGGGGGCCACUUGCCCGUGCCCUGGGCUGAUGCACUGCUACCAUACUGGGUCCCUCUGUCCCUGAGACCACGAAAGCAGGUCUCAAAGAUGAUGCGAUGUUCUAUCCCCAGAGCCAUAAGGUCAUGUCGUUGCCCCUGCCACUGCUUUGGGGGCCGCCUUCCAAUGCCCAGGGAUAAGGCUGUUAUGCCCUAUUGGGUGCCCCAGGGGCUGAGGUCACAGAAGAAGGUGGUGAAGAGGCUGAAGAACGGCAAAGACACCCCAGAGUGCUCUCUGGAAUCAAGCAGCUGGUAUGGCUGUUGGCGGGUCUGUGGGGACCGGCGUCUCCUCCUCAAGUGGCAGCAGCUCCAGGCCCUUUAUCAAGAUGAGCUGCCCGACCCUCGGGAGGAUGAGCUGCCCGACCCUCAGGUGGAUGAGGUGCCAGACCCUCAGGAGGAUGAUCCACCUGCUGGCGGCUUAGGCUUCCUCCUGCCCGUGAGCUUCAAUCUUCUGACCCUGCUGCAGGCUGUCCUGAGGGCCAUCAUGGCCAUUCGCCAUUUGUUUUGGGACUGA